AUGGGUGGUGUCACCGUUCGCGAUGUGGAAGCGCGGAAGUUCAUCUCUGCCUACUCUGCAUUCUUGAAGCGUCAGGGAAAGCUCCCCAUCCCCGGAUGGGUUGACACUGUCAAGACCUCUGCCUCGAACGAGCUCCCUCCCCAGGACGCCGACUGGUACUACGUCCGCGCCGCCGCCGUCGCCCGUCACAUCUACCUCCGCAAGACCGUCGGUGUCAACCGCCUCCGCAAGGUCCACGGCUCGACCAAGAACCGCGGUAACCGCCCCGCCCACCACGUCGACGCCUCGGGCUCCGUCGACCGUAAGGUCCUGCAGUCCCUCGAGAAGAUCGGUGUCCUUGAGCACGACGAGGACAAGGGUGGCCGCCGCAUCACCGAGAGCGGCCAGCGGGAUCUGGACCGUAUUGCCAAGACCACCGUUGACGAGGAGGAGGAGGAGGAUGACGAGUAA